AUGCAGUCGCAUCCAUUAGCGCCGAGCCGCCCCUUCAUCGAUCUGUCGUCGCCCGCCCCUGCCCUCCGGUCCUCCGGAUCGUCCCCCCCAGACAGCUCUCCCUCUUCCCUGCGGACCUUCACUCUGCAAGUGGGCCACAUCUAUUCUGCGGGCCAGACAGAGGGCAGCUUCGAGCUUCAGGGGAAGGACACAUCGACGCCUCCAGAGCUGCAGUUCAUCAGGCGGCUCGUACAAGACCGCAAGAACGACAGACUCACUUCUGGCGUCCAGGACAAUCCGCACGCCAAGGAGUUCUUAGAGCGCAUCACUCAAUCCGACGAGGCCUUCCUGGACUUCCUGCAGAACGAUCUGAAGUUCAGCGGCUUUGAUUGCCGAUCGGAUCUCUGGACGGGGGCGAUCGCUGCGGUCUCCUUUCUGUCUUCCAACCAAGCGGAAGGUGAGCCGCACAACAUGCACUUCUUUCGUAUGUCUCCCUGCCGUACGUACGCAGAGUCGACGCCCGACGACAAGAGGGUGGGGAUUAUGGCCAUCAAGACGGCCUUGACCCCGAGGGCGGCGGAGGACCUCAAGAGGGACAGGUGUACCAGUGGUACAUCAUCAACCGGGCCUGCAGGCACAAGUGGCGGAUAGACGCCAUCCAGAGGGCCUGCAAGGAGGCGCGGCCCAACCACUACAAGUUCCCCCACGAGCGGACCGAGGAGGAGAACAAGCCGUGUGGGGCGUGGCUGUAG